GUCGCCGACAGAGUAACUGUUGAAGUCGAUAAAAGGCCAUCAGAUGUUUAGAUGGUAGCUCUGCUUCUUCCUGUAAGCCGGAGAAAUCUCUCUCUCUCUCUCUCUCUCUCUCUCUCUCUCUCUUUCUUCUGAGAAUUCAUAGGAAAGGACAUCCGGCUAGAUUUCGUCUCUGUGAGUUUGAUUUCCAUUUUGGUGGCACGGUUAAAGGCAGUGCAAGUUGAUGCUCUGCACAGCUGAAUUCUGAGGUCCUUUUCUUCCAUUCUCAGCUGACCUGUUGCUUGUCACCGGUGUUUCUGUGGACUCUGGUCAUUGGAAGAGAUGUCAAAGUUAUCGAUAUCUAGGUACUUUGUCAACGAAAAGCUGAAGGUUGAGGAACCCAAGGCAGUGCCAUAUUCUGAUAAAAAACUCAAAACUGUUCGACUAAGUUUGCUGGUUGCAUUAUUGUGUGCUCUCUCGUUUUACUUUGGUGGCAAAUUUUGCUCUGAGAAGCACAGAUUGUUUAGUCAUCUGUCUUUGGCUUCAAAACCUGCCACAGAAGUUGCACUUUCUUCUCCCCAAGUUAAAACUUCUGUCUUCCCUGAGUGUGGCAUUGCAUUUCAAGACUACACUCCAUGCACAGAUCCAACGAGGUGGCGAAAGUACAAUGUUCAACGACUUUUCCACAUGGAAAGACACUGCCCUCCAUUCUUUGAGAGAAAAGAAUGCUUAAUUCCCCCACCAACUGGUUAUAAACCACCAAUUAAAUGGCCAAAGAGCAAGGACGAAUGUUGGUACAGAAAUGUUCCUUAUGACUGGAUCAACAAUCAGAAAUCAAAUCAACACUGGUUAAGAAAAGAAGGAGAAAAGUUCAUCUUUCCAGGAGGAGGUACAAUGUUCCCGAAUGGAGUCGGUGAGUAUGUGGAUCGGAUGGAAACAUUGAUCCCCGGAAUGAAGGAUGGGAGCAUUCGUACAGCUCUUGAUACCGGUUGUGGGGUUGCUAGUUGGGGAGGUGAUCUGCUAGAUCGUGGAAUUCUGACCAUGUCUCUUGCACCAAGAGAUAAUCAUGAAGCUCAGGUGCAGUUUGCCUUGGAACGUGGCAUUCCUGCGAUCUUGGGUGUUUUAUCAACUCAUAGACUCCCUUUCCCAUCAAAUUCAUUUGACAUGGCUCAUUGCUCUAGGUGCCUUAUCCCUUGGACUGAAUACGGUGGAAUUUACCUUCUUGAGAUACACCGCAUACUUAGGCCAGGAGGUUUCUGGGUCCUCUCUGGCCCCCCUGUAAAUUAUGAAGUUCGAGCUCAUGGAUGGAACACAACAGUUGAAUAUCAGAGAUCUAAUUACAACGACUUGCAGAGCCUGCUAACGAACAUGUGCUUUAAGCUGUACAAUGAAAAGGAUGACAUUGCUGUGUGGCAGAAAACAUCAGAUAAUAGCUGCUAUAAUAAGCUGGCUAAGCCAGAUGUCUAUCCACCACAGUGUGAUGACAGUUUUGAGCAAGAUGAUGCUUGGUAUGUUCCUAUCAGGCCUUGUGUAGUGGUUCCAGACCAGAAAUGGAAGAGAAUAGGACUACAAUCUCUCCCUAAAUGGCCUCAACGUCUUCAUGUUGCUCCUGAGCGAGUUGGUUCUACUUAUGGAGGGAAUAGUGGUGCAUUCAAACUUGAUGACUCUAACUGGACAUUAAGGGUGAAACAUUACAAAACUGUACUUCCAGCACUAGGCUCCGAUAAAAUCCGAAAUGUAAUGGACAUGAACACAAUGUACGGAGGUUUUGCUGCUGCUCUGGUUGGUUCUCCAAUAUGGGUCAUGAAUGUUGUCUCAUCAUAUGGCACUAAGAAUCUUGGUGUGGUCUAUGACAGAGGAUUGAUUGGAGUAUACCAUGACUGGUGUGAACCCUUCUCUACAUAUCCUCGAACCUAUGAUCUGCUGCACCUUGAUGGCCUCUUUACUGCUGAAAGCCAUAGGUGUGAUAUCAAAUACGUGCUUCUUGAGAUGGAUCGUAUCCUCAGACCAAAUGGCUAUGUUCUUAUCCGAGAGGCCAGCCACAUUGUAGAGGCAAUAUCUCCCAUCACCAAGGCAUUGAGAUGGGGCUGCCAGAAGCGUGAAACUGAAAGUAGCAAAGGCAAGGAGAAACUUCUGGUCUGCCAAAAGAAGCUUUGGUACUCGAGCAAAAUGUAGUCAAGGCAAGUGGAAACUUCUGGUCUGCCAAAAGAAGCUUUUCUACUCAAGCAAAAUGUUGUAAAAAGGUACUGUAAGCCUUUUCUGUGGUGACUGUAUCUAAUAUGAAGAAGACGGGAGACAGAAAGGGAGAAGGAAGAAAUGAAUUAUUCGUUCAAAUCAAGAUCCUUGGAGGAACGCAAGUUCUUACCAAGGGCUUCAGAUGCAUCAAUUCAUCAGCCUCCAGCAAUAUGAUUCAUAAAUAUCUCCAUCAUAAAUCAACAUGGUGGCUUAAUUCUUUUCAUCCUCAGCCUGAUCUUUGUAUUCAUUAAGUUGCCAAUGGAGAUACAAUCUCAAACGCCAACAAUGAUUCUACUUAAUUUAAUAUUGGUAAUUAGCCUUUAGCCAACAGUUUUUUGUUUCAAUAUGAUGUACUUUUAAAAUGAAUAUAUUAAUGAAGUCUUAUUAUGUCAA